UGAAAUAUAAAUUGCCCUGAUUUUCAUUGAAUAUUGAUACAGUAUCUCAUAUCAGUUUAAACAUAAAAUGGAAUUUAAUAACAAUUUACGUAUAGCUCUAGAAAGUUAUAUUUUAAUAAAGCAGGAUGAUACUUAAAAAUUUUCUCUACCUAUGAAAUCAACAAAAAUCUGGAACUUUUGUUUUGCUUGCAGUGCCCUAAUUUAAGCAAGUUUUGUCGAUACAUUUGCUAAAUCACAAUUCUGACCUAAAUAUCUUUGACCUAAAUACGUGUCUUUGUCUUUGAACGCGAAUCGGUGCAAAAUCAAGUGAUUAUUUACUAGAUAUGGAUGAAAUGCUGUACAAUUUUAUUCGCUCACGUGGAAGAUAAUGUCUGAUUUUGGGCAUUCAUCACCAUUGACAUCUCAAAGACGAUCCUCAAAAGACAGCAAAUAUGACAGGACAAAGCUGACAUUCAGUGGUAACUUUACUGACAAUCAGCGUCACUUUGACAUAAACACGGAUAAGGAGAGCAUGCGGCAGGAAAUAUUGAAUGCUGUGCUGACGAAAACACAGCAAAUGGCGAAAGGCGACCAGAAUCCCAUGUAUGAGGAUCCUAAGGAUGUCAUAGAGAAAAGGCCGUUAAAACCGCCGCGAAAGCGUCACAUACACGCAGUUGCUAUCACAUCGCCGCGGACUAAAGAGAAAUCUAUGAAGGAUCAGAAGCGAAAGCUGACGAAGAAAUACGAAUCACUCGUCACGGCUCUUAUGGACAAAUGUGAAGAAAAUUUAACUGUGAUAUCAGAAAAGGAUGUCCAAAUAUCAAAGCUUAAGGAAAAAUUGAAGGCAGUUCUCGAAUACAACAGACUGUUUGCUGACGAAAACGACAGGAUAAAGUCUGAAUACGACGCCAUAGUGAAGUACGUGGACGAAUGUAAGAGAGUGAUUAAGGAGGAGAAAGAGAAAGCGGGAGAGUUAGAGAGGAAGUAUAACAGACUGGAGGAGAAGGUAAAGCAGUAUGAAGUGCCCGAUAGAGAGCAUCCAGAAUCAGCCAUACCUCUAGUCGAAGUGUGCAUGAGCUGCAGCAGCCGGCAGAUCGUGCUCAACCAGUGUAGGGAGCACAACGCCAGGCUGCAGAGGGACUUGCAGGCCCUGAAAGAUGUUUUAUAUCGUUUAAACAUUCAACUGUCGCGGUAUCAAGAGAAAUUACGCAGUAGCGCAGAACCUUUGGACGGUAGAGAGUUGAAGGUGGACAAAUACGAGGGAUUCGAUUCUAUACUCACAGCUAGCUUUGGCCAAAAACAUGAGGAAGUAAACGACGUCCAAUCAAAAACAGGCACAGGCGAAGAUACAACAAAACGAUUGGUGGAUUUAUCUGGAUUGUUGAGUGCGCAGGCUUUAGCCCCUCUCUUCGACGCAUACCAGGAAAACCUCCAAGAAAAGGACAAUCUCAUCAUGGAUUACGAGAAACAAUUCGAGAACAUAAACAAAAAGUCAAAACAGAUUGUCGCUGACAAUAAGUCGCUGCAAGAGAGAGUGAGCAGCCUAGAGCAGGAGUUGGCGGAAGCGAGACAGACUUAUAAGAAGAUUAAAGUGGAGAAAGAGACGGGUGAUAUCGAGAGAGCUUCGCUUUUGGAACGCGUUGAAAGGGCGGAGUCUAAGUUGAAGGAGGUCUAUGAGUUGUAUGAGGAUAAGAUGGCGGCCAUGAUGCGAGACUACGAGACGGUGCACCGUGAGUAUUUCACGGUGAAGAAUGCUCUAGAAGCUUCCACCAGCAAGAUGGCGCAGUACGACGCGAUGCGGAGCAGCACCGUGCCGGCGGACUUGCACGAGAGGAGGUUGCAGGAUUGUAAAAGGCUAUUAGACGAGCUCAAACACCAGUACAGCAUGGACUCGGAGAGGAAGAGUGAGCAAAUGAAAAAGAGUCAGGAGGAGUUGAGGAAGAGUCAAGAAGAGUUGCAACGCGUUCAAGAGAAGUGCGAGCUGGCGUGUCAGCAGCGUGAGGCUGUUCAGGAGGAGUUGAAAGCCGCUUUGAAGAGUGUUAAGUUAUACCGUCGCGCGGCGCUAGUGUUCCGCAACCGCGCCCGCUCCGCCGCCGCGAGGGCGACGCGAGCGAAGCGAACGCGAACCGACACCAACAGCGAACCGCUGAAGCAAGCACUCGCUGCUCUGGAGAAAAUCAAGGCAGAGAUUAAGGUGGUGAAAUCCCGCGCGUACACGUCGCUCGAGGAGCUGGAGCGGCGCAUAGUGCAGCAGGAGCGGCGCGCGGCGCACGCGCACGCCGAGCACCGGCGCUCGCUCGAGCGCGCCACGCUCGCGCUGCGCCACAAGGAGGACAUCAUACGGUCGCUCAUCGACAAGGUGGCUGACGUCGAGGAGGUCCGAUUAAGCCAAGCUAACGCCCACCGUCUCCAAGGCAUAGUCUCUUCUUCAUCAGACGCGUCGAAGACACCAGAGAACUCUGGGAAAUCCACGAAAUUGGUGCCAGGGCCUGGAGGUUAUUAUCAAGAAGAUAGGAGGAAAAAAUCUUAAAAUAGUUUCCUGGAUGUUUCAAAUAUAGUCAAAUGGCUGAUAUUUAUGAGUCAGAUAUAGAGUACUGAUUAAGAAGCUAGAAAUAAAUAGUGGUUUAAUUUAUUCCCUAGAUUACAUUAAACUAGUCAGCACAUAGAACAAUUUUUUAGGUUCACGAAUAAUAAUGAAAAAUUAUGAGAUGAAAUCUUAUGUGAAAUGCUUCGUUCUGUUAAAAGUAAACUCUUGUAUGGUGAACAGUUAUCUAAGAUGGCAGGUGUGUAUUUGUUAAGUCGUUUCAGAAAUUUAUUAGCUGGAACAAUUUUUUUUUUAAAUACUUAUAUUAAUUCCUGGGUUAACUAUAUUAAUUUCCUGUAAUUAUGAAUUUGAUUAAAUAAAUUAUCGCUUUAUCAAUGUUUAGGUUUUAUAGUAAAAAUUUUAGUUGAAAUUUUGAUAUUUUCUUUGACAAUUUUAAAGUCCUCGUUGUUUAACAAGGUAAUGUUUUUGUAUGUAAAAGACAACAUUUGAUUAUAGACAUUACUAGUAAAAUAUGAUUUUCUUCAAUAAAACUUAUCUAAUAUUAUGAAAAAGCCAAGAAUGUCAUACGACAGAAAUAAGGUUAUUUUAAUGUCUCCUCAAAUUAGCAUUUUAAUCGAUUUGCAUUAUAUCGAUAUUAUGUCUUUAUAUUUGUACAAAAAUAACUCUGUUUUUUUUUUUUCAUUAACCAAUCGCAUCGAAGGAUAUAAUGGAACAAUGUGGCAACUAAUUUCCUUUGACAUGUACAAUGUUCUCUAUAUUAAAACGAAUAAAUAUUAAAUAUAUAUAUAAUUAUAUUCAUUAGUUUUUAUGACUUUUGAAUACAAAGGCAACGCAUUCGCAGAGGCACCUCCUCUGCAAAGGUUCGUGGGCGAUGGUGAUCGCUCACCAUUAGAACCACCAACUCCGUUGCCCGCUAUGAUAUGAAAAAUGUAUUAACUAUUAAUAAUGUUUAAAAAUUAUGUAAGUACAUAUUGCAGUUAAACUCACUGCCUUAUGUAAUCAAUAAUUUUGAUAUAAUGUUACUGUAACUAUUCUUCCAGUAGAAGGAUUAUUUAUUUAAAAGCCUCUAUAAUUAAUAUAAGACAUAUAUUGU